CAGUCCCGGCCGGUUUGCGGCAGUCCGUUGGUCUGUGUUGUGGAGCAGCAUGGCGGCGGCGGGCGGUGCAGGAGCUGAGGCGGUGACAGAGGAGCAGCAGAGCCCGGCUCAGGGCGCAGCCUCCCCCGGGCGGGCCGAGCAGCGGAGCCCGGCUCAGGGCGCAGCCUCCCCCGGGCGGGCCGAGCAGCAGAGCCCGGCUCAGGGCGCAGCCUCCCCCGGGCGGGCCGAGCAGCGGAGCCCGGCUCAGGGCGCAGCCUCGCCCGGGCGGGCCGAGCAGCGGAGCCCGGCUCAGGGCGCAGCCUCCCCCGGGCGGGCCGAGCAGCGGAGCCCGGUGUGUCUGAUCGUGCUGGGCAUGGCGGGAUCCGGGAAGACCACCUUCGUCCAGAGACUCACAGCUCACCUCCACAGUAAGAAGUUUCCUCCGUACGUCAUCAACCUGGACCCCGCCGUGCACGAGGUCCCCUUCCCCGCCAACAUCGAUAUCCGGGACACGGUGAACUACAAGGAGGUGAUGAAGCAGUACGGCCUGGGCCCCAACGGCGGCAUCGUGACAUCGCUCAACCUGUUCGCCACGCGCUUCGACCAGGUGAUGAAGUUCAUCGAGAAGAAGCAGCACAACCACCGGUUCGUGCUGAUCGACACGCCGGGGCAGAUCGAGGUGUUCACCUGGUCGGCCUCCGGGACCAUCAUCACCGAGGCCCUGGCCUCCUCCUUCCCCUGUGUGGUUGUGUAUGUGAUGGACACGUCUCGCAGUGUGAACCCCGUCACCUUCAUGUCCAACAUGCUGUACGCCUGCAGCAUUCUGUACAAAACCAAGCUGCCCUUCAUCGUGGUCAUGAACAAGACUGACAUCAUCGAGCACAGCUUCGCCGUGGAGUGGAUGCAGGACUUCGAGGCGUUCCAGGACGCCCUGAACCAGGAGACGUCCUACGUCAGCAACCUGACGCGCUCCAUGAGCCUGGUGCUGGACGAGUUCUACGCCAACCUGCGGGUGGUGGGUGUGUCCGCGGUGACCGGCAGCGGAUUGGACGAGCUGUUCGUCCAGGUGGAGGACGCCGCCAAGGAGUACGAGACAGACUACAGACCCGAGUACGAGAGGCUGCACCGAGAGCUGGCAGAGGCUCAGAGCAGGAAGCAGCAGCAGCAGCUCGACCGCCUCAAGAGGGACAUGGGAGCUGUGAGCAUGCAGACGGCGCCACCUGCAGAGGAAGUGGGCGUGGCCGGACCCAGCGACUUCAUCCUGACCCGAGGAAACCCCGAGGAAGAGGAGGAGGAAGAGGACAGCGACACGGACGACAUCGACCACAGCGUGACCGAGGAGAGCAGAGAGAGCCAGGCCUUCGGGAACUUCCUCAGAGACAGGAAGGAAGUGGUUCGGGUUCGAAACAGGAAGUCGGCGGCGCCCGAGGGACCCUCGACCCCCGACCCCUGACCCCUGACCCCUCCACGGGGGGAUGUGACAUCACGAUGACACGGAGGGGUGGAGUCAGAGACUGAUGCUGAAAACUAUAUUUUUAUAUCUUUUGUGUUGCUUUUUCUGAACUGGUGGAUCAAGUUUCUGAGGAACUUCCUGAAAAUCACAAAUAA